AUGGCUCUCGAGGACCAAGCCCUCUCUGCACUCGCACCGAGCUCCAAGCAGAAGCGUGCCAGUAAGCCCAAGGUGCGCACCGGUUGCACCACCUGCAAGUGCACCCGCACUGGGCGAAUCUGUGACGGCUACGGGACGCCCAAAUCAACCGCCCUCUUCAGAGCGUUGGCCCCUGCGCCAGCCAUCGACGAUACUCGAGAACCGCACGCACUGGAAUUCUUUUUCGUCAAGACGGCACCGCAGCUGGCCGGCUACUUCGGGGGCGCGUUCUUCCAGGGCAGCGUACUGCAGCUGAGUCUCGCCGAACCGGCCAUCCGCCAGGCUAUUGCGGCCAUCGGCAUUCUGCACGAGAGCACAGCGACAGGAAAGUGGGCCAGCAAAGGAAACUCCCCGCCCAAUGUCCACAUCCAGCUGUAUAAUCGAUCCAUCCGCACGAUCAUCAACAAGGUCGUCGCCGGACCCAAUGCAUCUCCUGUAAUAGCCACAACCAACGUUCUCUUCACCUGCUUCGAGAUCUUCCAGGGAAACGUCGCCGCCGCUGCGACCCAUAUCACAGCUGGCAUCAACCUGCUUCAAGCUUGGCGCGCCAAACAUGGCGGCCCUAUCACAGCCUGGGGCCGCAGGUAUACAUCCUUCGAGUCGCACUUCAUGGAGACCGAGAUCGCCCCACUGCUCAGCUUGUUCAACAUCAACGCGGUUGAGUGCGCCGGCGGAAGCCGCAGUAAAUUCCUUUUGAAUCCAGUAGACGAGCGCGGCGUGCUUCUCCUCGCCACCCGCUUCGAGACCCUGGCCGAGGCCCGCAUCGGGCUCAUCGAUAUGAUCACGGACGCGACGUGCAUCUGCGACGGCCUAGACGACGGACGCAUCCACCGACCGCUCACAGACAUUGACGCCGUCGUGCUUUCCCAAUCCGUGCAGCGGAAUCUUGAGCGAUGGCAGGCCAACGUCGACGAACUGAUCCGGCGGCAGAAACAUACCUGGGACAGGAAGGAGCAGCAGGUGGCCGACGUCAUCAGCAUCAUCCGGCUGGCGACCAAGUUCGGCGUCAGAGCGUACGAGGCCGAGGCUGAGUGCGAGUGGGAUGCGCACCGUGCCGAGUACGAGGAUUUGAUUCGGUCCGCCGAUGCCAUUAUCUCGGAUCGAGUCCGCUUCCCGGAUGACCUGUCUCGCACGAUCAAUUUGGACUUCGGCAUGAUCUUUCCGCUGCAUGCCGUGGCGUGGAAAUGCCGCUGGCCUCGACUGCGCCGUCAGGGCCUUGAUCUGCUGCAACGGAUUCCGAAGCGUGAGUGGCUCUUCGAGGCUGGGCACUAUCAUGCCAUCUUCACGCGCAUCAUGGAAAUCGAGGAAGCGGAGUGCGGCUUACCACUAGGUGUUCGGCCAGGAGAUGACUGGUUACCUCCAGAGCACGUCCGGAUCCGCGACUUUCUCGUGGCUGCGCAGGCCACGCCGCCAGGAGAAAUACCCACCUAUGCAGUGACGUUCUUCAGCAAGCCCCAUGGCCCUGAUGGCCCGUUGGAAUCUUUUACUGAACAGAUGCGAUUGGGAUCCUCACAGGGUGUGAAGGCUGCUGUGCCGACUAAUAUGAUUGGGCGUAGGUUAGAGCGUGGUAGCUGUCCUCACUAA